CAUAACCCAUGAAACCAUGCGGAGUUACCCCGCAUAUUGAAUACGGUCCCUGUUUCCCUCGUCGUAACUAAAACUCUCCUGGCUCGUUAUUCCAGGACAUUGGCGGCAGCGGCCGCUUGGGACCGGUUACAAACUACCAGAUUGGAGCGAUGGCACUGGAGGCUUGAUAUUUGACCGCCGCUUGCCAGGGUAGGCAAAUGUUUAAUAUACAGGGUCCCAUCUGACUGGCUCGUGGGCGACUCUAAGUACGUUCGACUAGAUCAGCUUCAUAUAUUUCACUAUAUCUCACAUCGCACUUCUAGAGACUUGACCUCAUUCCCACGACGGACGCCGAUCCUCCGGCGUCCGGUAGACACUGAGUGGGGGAUGUAAAUCGCCGAUUAUGUUCUCUGGAGUAAUAUAAUGAUAGCAUCGUAGGUAUUCUCAAAGAAUCUCGUCGCUGGCACUUUACUUCUACAGUCCUAAAGCGACCUCAAACGAUCAAAAGAUUGUCGUUCUUACCAUUCUCUUCAGCGAGCAGUUUCCAUUAAAGUCUCGCCAUGAAGCUCUCAGCGGCAACCGCUGCAGCUAUCCUUGCUGGCCUGUCAGUGGCAGUGCCAGCUGACUACGGCGUUUUCCCGAAAAACUCCAAUGCCCUCGUUUCCCGAGCAGCUAGUAACUCCAAGGUCGAUGGGUUGCUCUUCAACAUCGAUGGCGAAACCAAGUACUUCGCCGGCACAAACUCCUACUGGAUUGGCUUUCUCACCAACGAUGCUGAUAUUGACCUCGUGAUGGGUCACCUGCAAACUUCAGGCAUCAAAAUCCUCCGCGUCUGGGGUUUCAAUGAUGUCACGGCCGGCACCAACGAAGUAUGGUUCCAAUCCUUUGCCGGAUCUGAGCCCGUAAUCAACACUGGCGAGAACGGCCUGCAACGCUUGGAUUACGUGGUCAAGAGCGCUGAGACACACGGUAUCAAGCUCAUCAUCAACUUCGUCAAUAACUGGACCGACUACGGUGGAAUGGCAGCGUAUAACAAACACUACGGCAUCACCAAGCCAGCAGAUUGGUACACGAAUGUUGACGUACAGACGCAAUACAAGAAGUACAUUGAGGCUGUUGUCAGCCGCUACAAGACUUCCACUGCUGUCUUUGCUUGGGAGCUGGCGAACGAGCCGCGCUGCAAUGGCUGUGAUACUAGCGUUAUUUACGACUGGGCGACAACUACCAGUGCCUAUGUGAAGAGCUUGGACAGCGAGCACAUGGUCACACUUGGCGAUGAAGGUUUCAUGAACGGCGGCGGGGAUUCAAGCUACCCAUACACAACUGGUGAGGGCAUCGACUUUGCCCAGAAUCUGGACAUCAAGGACCUUGACUUCGGGACGUUCCAUCUAUACCCUGAUAGCUGGGGUGUUUCCACCGACUGGGGAUCCUCGUGGGUCACCGACCACGCCGCUGCGUGCGCUGCUGCCAACAAGCCGUGCCUGUUUGAGGAAUAUGGCUACCCAAACAACCACAUUGCCAUUGAGAGCCCUUGGCAAUCCGCAGCUCUAAACUCCGUAGGUGUGGCCGCCGACGCCUUCUGGCAGCUCGGUGAUACCAUCUCCACUGGCAAGACUCACGAUGACACAAACACCAUUUACUACGGCAGCGAUGAGUGGACCGCACUGGUCACCAACCAUAUUGCGGACAUUGACGCCAAGUACGGCGGCAGCAGCAACGGGACUGCGCCGAGCAACGGGAUCACCGCCUAGCCGUCUACCUCGGCGCUUACGCUGCCGGUAUAGGGGCAGUUGGAUAAGGAUGUAAAUAUGUUUGGAUGGUUCAUGUAUAUAUUUUUACAACGGUAUUUUUUUUGGACAUGGGGAGAG